GAACGAAGUGAACACUGACAGCAUCGCACCAAACAAGAAAUUAUUCUCUCCCCCUAAAUAAACCCAGUCUCCCCCUUCCCUCACCCAUGGCGUCCAACUCCAAUAUAGAUAUCGAGGGUGCGACCCAGCAUCUCCGGGAUAUCCUCAAGCUCGACCGUCCCGGCAAUGGCACCGAUGCACAAUCAAGUGACGGUGAGAGAAAGCCAUCUUUUAAUGGAGAGUUGAACGGGUUAUUGGGAACAGCAGGCAUUCUAGGAAGCACUGAUCGGUCAACCAUGUCAGACUCUACUAGACCCAUCUCCACAGACAUCAGCACUGCUCAGGAGAGUCAGAUAAUCUGCCUCUCUGGUGAUGAUGGGUCCACCUGUAUCCCCAUCACCUCGAACAAUGUGGAGAUUGUAGCGAGUCAGGACUCCAGCAUCAACAGCAAGGCUCGAGGGAGCAACAAGGUGAAGAUUCAACCAGUUGCCAAGUUUGACUGGGAACACAAGUAUUAUUAUGGGAGACUGAUAGCUGUGUCCAACUCCUUCCUGGCCUAUGCCAUCAGAGGAGCCAACAACCACGCAAUGAUUCGUGUCCUGAGUCUGGCUUUUGCUGAGCGCUCCCUACUGAAGGGAUUCACUGGGGCCGUCACAGAUCUGGCUUUUGCCCACCUUGACUCCUCCCUGUUGGGUUGUGUAGAUGAAGCGGGCAACUUAAUGGUUUGGCAACUCACCUGCACUGGAAACAAGAUACUAGAUCAGAUGGUGGUUCACAUCAAACGACCAGAAGACACUCCACUGAACUCCCAUCGUCGCCUCAUCUGGUGUCCAUUCAUCCUGGAUGACAACGAGGAGAACCAGGAUGACACCAGCCAGACCUUGGCCCUUCUACACGAAGACAGGGCUGAGGUGUGGGACCUGGAAGUGUUGAGAGCCAACAACAGCAGUUGGCCUAUUGAUGCCACGGACCUGAAGGAAGGCCUAAUCACAGUAAAAGGACAUACCCAGCGAGUCAGUGAAGGGGCCUUGUCUCCAGAUGGAACUGUGUUAGCCACAGCCAGCCAUGAUGGAUACAUCAAGUUCUGGCAGAUAUAUAUAGAAGGUGUACAGGACAAGCCCAGAUGUCUCCAUGAAUUGCGGCCUCAUGGGGGACGACCCCUCUCUUGCCUUCUUUUCUGUGACAACCACAAGAGGCAGGAUCCAGAGGUUCCUUUCUGGCGGUUCCUCAUAACUGGAGCAGAUCAGAACCAGGAGUUGAAGAUGUGGUGCACUGUUUCCUGGACCUGUUUACAGACCAUCAGGUUCUCUCCAGAUCCGUUCAACUCAUCAGCUCUACCAAGUCUGAAGGCUAGUCUGGACCUCUCUGCUGAGUAUCUCAUCCUCACCGAUGUACAGAGGAAGGUUCUGUAUGUGAUGGAGCUGCGGCAGGAUCUGGAGAAAGGGAAGGCCAGUUUCACAGCUGUGUCAGAGUUCCUGCUGACCCACCCUGUGCUCAGCUUCGGGGUCCGGGAUGUCACCCACAGCCGACUGCGACACACUGAGGUUCUCCCUGCAGAGGAGGAGAGUGAGAGCAUGACCACAGAGGGCACUCAAGGACCCACAGAGUCCAAGUCUGGGAUCCAGAUUAAACUCUACUGUGUUCACACCAAGAGUCUGCAGGAUGUCCAGAUCUGGUUUCAGCCCACUAUGGGGUCCAGCUCUGCAGUCUUCCUGCCUCAUUCUGAUUCUCAGGAUGGUUUUGCAGGGUUUUCAGACCAUCUCACUGACCAGAGCUCUGACAAGGACUCAGGAAGUGGCUCACAGACCGACCUAAGGAAGAUCCCAUCUCUUCCUGCUCCUGCUGAUUUCCUGUCGAACUCUACCCCUGGUAGUGGGCCAAUGCCCAAGCUGAUGACUCCUGACGCCUUCAUGACACCAAGCACUUCGGUACCGGCAUCUCCUGGCAGCAGUGCCAGCAGUCUGACCAUUGUAACAGCUAUCAGCAGCAAUUCUGACUCAACUAACAGAGCUAUAGAUGAUGUCAGUCAGAGUCCUAACAGAGCAGAGAACAACAGCAGCAGUAGUCUGACACUCUCUGCCUCCACCAGCAGCCCCAGAGCUGCCACUGCUGUGCUGCUGCCUGGUCUGGAGAACUUACAGCCUUUGGCGUCCCCUAGCGGUCCUCUUGCACUUGACAGCCCUCAGGUCUUGGACUCUCCCCUCCUACCACCACUGGCCUCUCCAACCAGGGCCCGCUCCCCUGAUGUUAUCUCUUCAGCCUCCACAGCCAUGUCCCAGGACAUGCCAGAGAUUGCAUCCCAAACCCUGCAGCUUCAGCGUGGAUUAGUGUCCAGCUUGGAGCCCCUACCACUGUCUGCUCUCCAGACAGACAGCAUGGCCUCUGCUGCCUCUGCGCUGCACCUGCUCACGUCACCACGCACAGCUAACAACGGUCUGUUGCCCCUCGAACUUGGAGGGGCAGAUGGACCAGUGGGUGGGGCGGUAGAGUCAGAGCCCAGACUCAGCCACACCCCAUCUUUACUGGAGAAUGCCUUAUCGCAGGAGAACCCUGGGGUAGGAGGAGGGUCUUCAGAUGGUAGUGUUAGCCACACACCUUGGCCAGCUGCACCUGACAUCACCAGAGAAACCAGGAACAGCCUCAGGGACAAUGGUCUUGGAGACUGUUCAAGAGAGGAGUCAAAUGACAGACUCUUGAGUUCACCUUACCAUCGGCGCUCCUAUCACCUCACACAGAGCGACAGUCAGGACGCUGGUGCAGAGCAGAGCGACCCCGAUGAUGAGGUGGCCAGCUUGGCAUCGUCCUCGGGGAACUGCGGCUCUCGCUCUUCUCACAGACUCCCUGUUAAGGAUUGGAAGACUUCUCCGCGAGGCUCGCCAAAACUAAAGAGGAAGGCCAAAAAAGAUGACAGUGAAUCAUCUCAGUCCAGGCAAAUGGACUCUGGUCAGAUGAACGUAGAAGUACAGGACGAGUUAUUGAUGCUCCUGCGUAGCCAGCAGAGAGAGUUGACUGAACUGCGUGGGCAAAUUGAAGCCAUGCAGAGCUCCAUUAUGGCCCAGGUCGAGCACGUCCUGACCAACCACCAGGAACAGGAACAGCGCAGACUGGAGCGAGUUCUGGCAGAGAGUCAGAAUCAUCAGCAGCAGCUUCAGGAGCAGCUCAGCCAGCAGCUCAGCCACGCCCUCAGCUCAGCCCUCACCAACAGAAUGGACAAAGUGCUGCGAGAGGAAAUGAAGAAAACAGUCCCACAAACGAUCUCUAAGAGCCUGGAGCCUGUGACGGGUCAGCUGAGCAACACAAUUGCUGCCAAGCUGACUGCUGUGGAGGUCACCCUAAAGGACAAUGUCAGCAAGGUGGUCAAAUCCAAGAACACAACAGAUGCAAUUGGCCGAGCAGCAGCUGAAGCGAUGCAGGGGCCCAUCCAGGCAGCCUAUAAAGAUGCCUUCCAGAGCAUCGUGCUGCCUGUUUUUGAGAGAGGCUGCCAGUCCAUGUUCCAGCAAAUCAAUGACAGCUUCAAACAAGGAACACAAGAAUACAUCCAGCAGCUUGAGACUCAUAUGAAGAACAGAAAGCAGAGAGAGCAGGAGACACGAGACCCCAUGAUUGGCCAGCUCCAACAGAUGAUUGACAGCUUCCAAAGCUCCAGUGAUCAGAUGGCCAAUAAUAUCACAGCAAAUGUCCGGGGAGAGAUCCAGCACCAGAUCCAGAUGAUGGUGGGAAAUUUGCAGGAGUCUAUUCUUAGCCACGUGCAACGAAUUGUCAAAGGGGAGGUGAGUCUGGCAAUGAAGGAGCAGCAGGCAGUGGUCACCUCCAGCAUCAUGCAGGCAAUGAGGUCAGCGGCUGGCACACCCGUCCCCACAGCACACCUAGACUACCAGACACAGCAGGCCAACAUCCUGCAGCUCCUCCAGCAGGGCCAGCUUAACCAGGCUUUCCAGCAGGCUCUGUCAGCAACAGAUCUGAACUUGGUGUUGUAUGUGUGCGAGACCAUUGACUCUCAGCAGGUGUUUGGUCAGCACCCCUGCCCUCUCAGCCAGCCCGUGCUGCUGUCGCUCAUCCAGCAGCUCUCCUCCAACCUCGCAACCCGCUCUGAGCUUAAAAUCAGUUACCUGGAGGAUGCAGUGAUGAAUCUGGACCACGGCGACCCGCUGACAAGAGACCACAUGUCCUCCGUGCUGGCCCAGGUCAGACCGAAGCUCUUUGCCUUCCUGCAGCAGGACCCCCACAGCCUGCUCAGCAAGAGGGCGCGGCGCCUGAUGAUGAUGCUGCAGGGUCUUGUCAACCACUAGUUCUUUCAUUUAAAGUCUGGCGCAGAGGAGUCGUUGUCCUCAUAAAUACAGAUCAUGAGUCCAUUACGAGUCUGCAGAAGGCAACCAGGACGACCCCCACCCCCACCCCCACCCCUCACUUUGAGCAGUUUGUUGGAGCUUGAGGAUGGAACAUCAUGUUGUUGGUUGGAGACGGAAGACGAGGGCUCCUAAAUGAAAAUAUUUGAAACUUUUCACUUGGUUAAAGAAGAAGGACCCCUCUAGUCCACCAGUCCCUUGACACAACCCUGAAUCCAGCUGUUUCUACCCCCGGGCAUUUCUUCCCAUUCCUCCUCCUCCUCUAACUGCACAGGUGAAGUGUCCAUUAAGGAAAAAGACUGUUUUUGUUACCUUUGUGUUUUUUUGUUUUUUUUUCCUAGACAUAUCUUCAAUGCAAGACAAUAAUGGUCUGGACAGAAAGAUUGUUGUUGAUUUCUGUUAAAGAGACUCUUUAAGUUCACUGUAGUUUCUUCUAGACCUUCAUUACUGCUGCAGGCAGUCUGGUCGUGUCUCAUCCUUUUAUCCCCAUCAAGAAGCAAAAGACUGUGUCAGAAACGACAGCCAGAGAGCCUGAUGAUUCUGCUCCGGUGUCUGGUCUCCCAGACACACAAUACCUGUAACUCCUUUGAUGUUGCAUCAUCCAAAUGUGCAUAAGACUCAAAGAAUGUUCAGCUGAGUGGUGCACAAGACCAAACAUGGCUGUUUCUUUUUGUUCUGCUGCGGUCCUCUGGCCCGUCAGUCAGACAUGUUGAGUUUUGGAAUACUGGACAAGUUGUGAUGCAGGGGCUACUUCUGAGCAACAGCACGCCAAAAGAAGUGUCUCACCUCAAAAUGUCGCCUUGUAUCUCGGCCUUAUGAGCGAACACCAGGCCUGGACACGUUUUUUUUCUUCUUCUUUACAGAGCAGCAUCCCUGCUACAGUUAACUUGGAAUUCAGUUGCCGCAGGAAUACAGUACCAGGCUAAUCCCAGCAACCAAAAGUAUGAAACAUCCAAAGCCAAUUUAAGUUGGUGGCAUAUUUCUUUUCAGUUAUUUCUCGUUAGGUUGGAGAUGACAACCUUGCCAGGCCAAAUCUGUCUCAGUGAGGAUCAACAUGUUGAAUUGUUUUACUGAAAGUUAAUAACAUUUGUUCUGAGUUGGAUGUAUUCGAGCAUAUCUCAUUACACCUUUUCAGUCUGACCUUGUUUUCACAAAUCUAUCUGAUAUCUGAGGGAUACAAAUAAGAACUAAAGGAUAAGGAAUAACUAUAAAAAAAGAUUUUUGAAAUCUAAUGAAUAUUUGCGAAGAUGCCCCAGGCGGAAAAAAUUCCCCUUUAAAAUCUGAAAUGUUUGGAGCCCAGCAUCGAGGUUGGCAGCCGUCCAUGUGUACAGCUCGGUCCUGUAAAUUGAUCAGACUGCUCCCCAUGUUUUCUUCUGUGUUAGUCCCUUCUCUUUUUUUUUUUUAUAACAUUUAGUAUUUGUAAGACUUGUAUACUUGCUUUAAGAGUUGUCAAACUAGUUAUAAAACAUAAUAAAAACACUUCCUAAACAUUAAUUGUUACUGCUGAUGUUGUUUUAUCAGGAUAUUCCAAAUAAUGUUUGUUAAACUUAACGUGCAGUUACUUCUCACAGACUCUAGGAGGCAGCACUUAGUUGGACUGCAGAUAUUCACCCUGCUUGUCAUUUAAGUUUUGAAUUCAGAAAUCAUUCCUGCUCUGGCAGUCUCUGUUUUAGUGAACAUUGAAAAGCCUUUAGGUUGUAAAUGCACUGUUUAUUCAUCUUUAAAGUGUGUUCAAAGUGUAUGAUCAUUUGUGUACAGCCCAUUCACACCUAUUGUUUAACUACAGGGUGGCCACACUUUUUGCUGAUUGUAUAAUAAAUAAUAAUUCUGUUAAUUUCACCUCCGUGUUUAGAAUCUCUUAAGUUGGAUUUGUCUAGCAAGUGCCUUAUUGUAUUUUAUCUGUUUUGGACGUUUGAUCCCAUUUGGGCCUUUAGACAACACGUAAUGUUCGAGCAUUAUCCCACAGCAGUUCCAUGUAACUUUAACAAGCAUUUAUCUCAUUCAGCUGUGUGGUUGGAUCUGAAGUCAGGCUCAGACAGCACUGCGGAGGAGAACCUGUAUGUUUUGUUUGCAAACAUUUGUCUUGAAGACAGUCGGCUUGGACAGAUAUUUGAGCGCUCAUGUCAGUGUAUGAAACAGAGCGAUGUAUUAUUUUGACUACUAGCACCUUCACCUUUCAGCUGCAGCCCCUGUUUGAAGGACAGGCUGACUCUGGCUUCACCGUGAGUGGCAGCUGUGUCACUUGUUCUCUCUGUUGUGUUCUUUUCCCUCUGCUUGGUUGGUUUUGUUGUAUCUUUUACAGUUUCUUUUACCCCAAACGUUUUGGAAUA